CGAGUACUAGCCAAUCAGAGUCAGAGUAGGGCGGGUCAUACCUUCGCCAUCCUAGGAAACGCAAAUUUGCCAGCGGGAGGCCAGGGUGUUAGCUUAGCAGCACGUCAGAACUGAGCUGAGGAGAACUGUCCGUUGCUUUUCAGGGCCGACUAGCGACUGAAACUUCACUCACUGCCAAGAUGUCUGACGAGGAGCAAGAGCAGACUAUAGCCGAGGAUCUGGUGGUCACCAAGUACAAGAUGGGUGGUGACAUCGCCAACCAGGCUCUUCGUCUGGUUGUGGAAACAGCCAAGCCCGGGGUGUCGGUGCUCAGCCUCUGUGAGAAGGGGGAUGCCUACAUCAUGGCUGAGACUGGAAAGGUCUUUAAGAAGGAAAAGGAAAUGAAGAAAGGCAUUGCCUUUCCCACCAGCGUCUCAGUCAAUAACUGUGUUUGCCACUUCUCUCCCCUGAAGAGUGACCCUGACUACGCACUUAAAGAUGGGGAUCUGGUCAAAAUAGAUCUUGGGGUUCAUGUCGAUGGCUUCAUUGCCAAUGUCGCUCACAGCUUUGUGGUAGGAGCCAGUAAGGAGAACCCCAUCACAGGCCGGAAAGCUGAUGUAAUCAAAGCGGCCCAUCUGUGUGCAGAAGCAGCUCUUCGCCUUGUUAAGCCUGGUAACCAGAACAAACAAGUGACAGAAGCCUGGAACAAGAUCGCUCAGUCGUUCAAAUGCUCACCCAUCGAGGGUAUGCUGUCUCAUCAGCUAAAGCAACAUGUCAUAGAUGGAGAGAAGACCAUCAUUCAGAACCCGUCAGACCAGCAAAGGAAGGACCAUGAGAAGGCAGAGUUUGAGGUACAUGAAGUCUAUGCUGUGGACGUCUUGAUUAGCAGCGGAGAAGGGAAGGCCAGAGAUGGAGGUCUGAGGACCACGAUUUAUAAGAGGGACCCCAGUAAGCAGUACGGCUUGAAGAUGAAAACUUCCCGUACGUUCUUCAGCGAAGUAGAACGACGCUUCGAUGCCAUGCCCUUUACUCUCCGGGCGUUCGAGGAUGAGGCCAAAGCCCGUCUGGGUGUGGUAGAGUGUGCCAAACAUGAAUUGUUACAACCUUUCAGUGUGCUACACGAGAAGGAGGGAGAGUGCGUAGCUCAGUUUAAGUUCACAGUGCUGCUGAUGGCAAAUGGGCCUCACAGAAUCACCAGCGGACCCUUCGAUCCAGAGCUCUACAAGUCAGAGCAUGAAGUUCAGGAUGCAGAGCUAAGGACUUUACUACAGAGCUCUGCAAGCCGCAAAACACAGAAGAAAAAGAAAAAGAAGGCCUCAAAGACAGCAGAAACUGCAACUGGACAGCCAACCGAGGUCACAGAGUCUGCAGAAUAAAUAAAUACUGCCUUUUCACACAUGCAAGACCCCAAAGAGAAGCAAGAGAAAACAUGACAAAUUGCCCCAAACUCUGCCCAUAUUACACCUAAUAGUGAUUUCACAAAUAAAACUGAUGAAUUUUAGAUCCUACAUGGAUGCUUAUCAAUUUACUGCAUUUAUUGAAAGUACCACGUUGCUUUUUCUUCCCUAACUUUGGAGUAGAAUAAUAAUCACAAAUAGUUACCUUUAAAAACACUUGUUGCCAAAUGGUACGUGUGCGACUGAUGCCUGUGUUUUUUUUGUUUCGUUUUUUUUUAACUCUUUUGGUCCUUCAUGUUUGUAUUAUUUGCAGCUGAACAUUUCCUUUCAAGUAAAACUGAAGCUUAAAGUGGGGAUUAUUGGGAGUGAAUGGCUCUGUGUUUUUGAAAUCCAAUUACAGAUGAAGGAUUAUUGGAUGAUACCAACCGAAACGUGGAUCACUUUGGUAGACUCAGUAUUCCUUUCUCUAAGGCAUCAUGUAUCUGAGGCCAUCAUGGAUUCUCCUGUUUGAAUGGGAUGGUUCGACUCAAUUGUCGCGGGUUGUUUCCCUUUGGCAACAAAGUUCCAAGUUAUCUAAACUUGUUUAUAUGUAAACAAAGAUUUAUAGUAAAAUGAAUAUUCAGAUAUUUUAUUGAAAGGUUUAUUAGCACUGUGUCACCUUAAGUGUGAGAAUCAUAAGUGAUGAGUUCAGUCUAAUUUAAAUAGACAAAACAAAAUGGACAAUAAAUGACGGUAAUUACAAGGACUGUAAUAUAAAAUGUUUUUUGCGUCCGAGCUAACGUAGUGAGGGUUUAUGUUUACUCUUCCAUCAAGGUCUGACCACAUCUUUGGCUGAAAACUACAAUGUUUUAACCGCUAGAUUCUUAAAGCAUAAACCUGAGCAAAAGAUGAAUGUUUUCAAGUAUACAAGCAAAAAAAACCCGCUGUAAUCAGCUUGACUUUAGGGAACAAAACUGCUACAUUUACUGCCAUCUCCCUUGAAUUUUAUGAAAAGAUAGAAAUAUAAAUGUUCCACUUUUGAAAAACUUUUCUAUUAGUGACACCUGUUACUGGCUUUACUGGGUCAUUAGUCAUGUGAGGCAUAAAAACUAAAGCUGGCCAAGCUUUAAAAACAGGUUUUUGGGGUGUCUUCAGUGAAAUUGGACCAGUAAGAGAUCAUUUAAGGACUGAGUUUCAUUUUUAAGGUCUGGGUCACAUUUGUCAAGAGUUGAAUAUGUUGAUGAGCGUAAAAUCCUGCUUUGUAGCUCAUCUGUGGGCAGUGGAACUUUACAUCUAAUUAAUAAAAAAAUGUCAUACA